AUGAAGGUUUUCUCAAUUGCCAAAAUGCUAGUGCUUGUGCUGGGCUGUGCAGCCACCCGCACGCUGUGCAGCGCAGCCAGCACCACUGGGAACAUUACAGCUGCUGACCACACUUCAAGCAAGUGCGGAUUUUACAGAGAUGAUGCGUUUGUGAGACGAAUAUGCGAUCUCCCAUGCCCACCAAACCCGUGCGCGCCCGUAUGCCCAAUCAACCCAUGCGCGCCCAUAUGCCCACCAAACCCGUGUGCGCCUGUAUGCCCAAUCAACCCGUGUGCGCCUGUAUGCCCACCAAACCCGUGUGCGCCUAUAUGCCCACCAAACCCGUGCGACAACCCUUGCGACGAAAACCAGUAUUGUGCCAUUGAGCUGUCUAGAUUCUUUGCUUCGCUGAGAAGGCAAAUAAGAGAAGCAUCAAGGCCCUCCGCCCCCGCAGCACAGCGAAGAAAGCUCAAACGAAGAAUGAUCAAAAUGAUUCAGUAUGCGUCUUCUUUGCUUGCCUGCCAGCCAUGCACUCCAAUUGGUCCGGACUUUUAUUACAACGGAUACCCUAAAAUGGGGCUGAAAGAUCUGUUCAAAUCGCUUAAAUGGGUGGUUUGCAACCUCGAUGAAAAAAACAAAUGCUGUUUCUUAGAGUAUGCGCGCGAAACCAUGUACUUCUAG